UUCGAAAACGCCUUUUCAAUUUGUAAUAGCAAUUUAUUUGCAAUGUUUUUAGUUAAUUGUUUUUGACAGGCGUUUUGUUCGGUUCUGGCAUUACACGUCAUUACGUUGAACACGGUGCUGUUUCAUUGCUACCUAAAUCCCUUAAAAAUCAGUUAAAAGUCAUUCAGGCUUAUUCAUGGUCCUUCGAGCCGGAUUUCAGAGAAGAUAAUAAUCAAUUAAUUGGGGAUAAAUUAAUACGAAGUGAUUGGCGAAGAUUAAAGAAAAAUCAAGAUCGACUAUAAGUGGCACGUGGAUUGUGUGGUCAAGUGAAUCAAAUUCAUCCAAUUAAUCCUCAUUUAAUCCAUAAAGUUGAACCCAUCACUCAAUAAUCAGGUAGUAUUAAGUAAAGCAAAGUGUUGUUAAUUACGGUGGAAACCCCUGUCUCCCAAAUGCCUAAUGAUAAGGACUUGGUGAAGGUACGCGGUAGUUACAAGGGUCAGUUAACUACAUUUCUAUCGUAUCUCAAAACUUUACAUGUUGGAUCAUUGUCCCUAAAUGAUGUAAGUGAGUUGCAAAUGCGAUUAGGUAAGUUGAUGGCUUUAUACGACAAAUACGACGAGGUGCAAUUAGCGUUGGAAUGUCAAGGUGAUGAUGAGGAUCAGUCCGCGCAGUUAAGAGACCGCGCUGACUUUGAAUCCCUUUAUUAUAAAGGAAUAUCUGACGCUCAGAUAUUGUUAGAUUCUCACAAAAAGCCGCUCGAAGAGUCGGAAAGACGAUCCCGUUCUAGUAACUUUAUGAACAACGUUAAAUUGCCUACAAUUCAACUUCCCAAGUUCAGUGGUUCGUAUGACAACUGGCUGGGGUUCCACGACACGUUCUGUAGUUUAAUACAUAAUAAUAGUGACAUAGAUGAAAUUAAUAAGUUUCACUAUUUACGAGCGUCGUUGGAAGGGUCCGCAGCCAUUGUCAUUCAAUCCAUUGAAUUUUCAUCAAAAAAUUAUUCGGUAGCAUGGGGACUCUUAUGUGAGCGAUUCAAUAACAAAAGGCUUUUAAUCCAAAAUCAUGUUUCGGCAUUGUUUAAUUUGGAAAAUAUCACCAAGGAGUGUUCUUUUACUUUGAAACGUCUUCUUGAUAAAAUUAAUCAAAAUCUAAGGGCUUUAGAGUCAUUGGGUGAGCCUGUUCAAUACUGGGAUACGCUUAUUAUUUACUUAAUUACCCAAAAAUUAGAUGUCAAAACUUAUCGCGAGUGGGAAGAGUGGAAGGGCCGCCUCAGCAAAAAUGAAAAGAUUACUUUAGAUUACUUUCAACAUUUUUUGCGUAAUCGAGCCGAUUUAGUUGAAACACUUGAAAUGUCACGUAAUACUGUGAAUCAAUCAAACCAGAAUCAUAAUAAUCAGACAAAAAAUACUAACCCGAAAAUCAAAACAAUGGUAUCAGUUCAAUCCUCUUCUAGGUCAUGUCAGUUAUGUAACGGUGAACACAAUUUAGCUAACUGCUCGCAGUUUCUUUCAUUGAGCAACGACGCUCGACUAAAGUUAUUGCCUACUUAUAAGGUUUGCUACAAUUGUUUUAGUAACGGUCAUUUCGCAAAUCAAUGCAAGAAAAAGGGAUGUAAGGUUUGCAAACGUAAGCAUCACACACUGGUACAUAUAAACGAUUUUAAGUCUAAACAAGCAGAAAAUGGGCACUCGUCAUUCCAUAAUAAUUCGGGCUGCGAAAUUCCCUCACAGCAGGCGGCGCACACGGCAGCGACAGGUUCACAUGCCGAUCACUCUAACACUGGCGCUCGCAGCAAUGCAAACCCGAACGUCAUCUUAUCAGCAAGCAUCCAAACUGCUCAAUCGAAUGACGUAUUAUUAUCGACAGCACUGAUUAAGGUUUAUGAUUCGCAAAAUAAAGAACAUGUUGUCCGUGCAAUUUUGGAUAGUGGUAGCACUUCCUGUCUUAUGACAGAGAAGUUGUACCGUAAUUUAAACUUACCUGCCAGUCAAAUCAACAAAUCAAUAAUAGGAAUCAACAAUGUUUCAUCGCAGAUUAAUAAAAUGUGUCGGCUGCCAAUUACGUCACUUAAUGAUAAUUUUGCGACAACCCUUCAUUGUUUUAUUUUACCCUCCAUCACAGAUAAUAUACCCCAUCAUCAGGUUGAUUUAACAAACAUUAACAUUCCAUCAGGCAUAUGUUUGGCCGAUCCCCAUUUUCACACACCGGCAGCCGUCGACAUGAUUAUAGGCGCAGAUGUUUUUUGGGACAUUUUAGGGUCUCAAAGGGUCACAUUAGGAGAAGGAAAACCAAUCCUUUUUGAGACACGUUUGGGUUGGGUAGUUUCAGGGCCGAUCAAUAUUAAUAAUUCGUUUAAUCAAUCACGGGCAAUUAAAUGUAAUUUUACCCAAACAUCAUCUCGAUAUGACGUCAUUAAUGAUUGUGAUAGCGUUCAAAACCAAUUAAUGCGUUUUUGGCAGCUUGAGGAAGUGAGCCAUCAGCUAUCCCAUUUCUCAGCAGAAGAAAAGUCUUGCGAGGACCAUUUUGUUAAAAAUACUACCAGGUUGGAGGAUGGCAGGUUUUGCGUGAAGGUUCCUCUUAAGGAAUCCCCGCAGUUAUUAGGUGACUCAUUACAAAGGGCUGAGAAAUGUUUUCUGUCGUUGGAGCGACGGCUUCAAAACCAACCAAAAUUAAACCAAUUAUAUAAGGAUUUCAUGAGCGAAUAUGAGUCGCUAGGCCACAUGUCUGCCGUUGAUACCUCUGAAUCUGAUAAAUUAGGUAAUUUUAUACCACAUCAUGGCGUUCUCCGCGAGAGUAGUUCAACGACCAAAUUAAGGGCAGUUUUCAAUGCUAGUAGUCCUACUACUUCUGGGGUUACUUACAAUGACAUCCAAAUGGUGGGUCCAACGAUUCAGGAUGACCUUUUAUCCAUCCUUCUGCGAUUCAGACAACAUCAGUACGUUCUUUCUGCCGAUGUUGAAAAAAUGUACCGGCAGAUAGUCGUACACCCUGACUUCAGACAUCUGCAGCAAAUAGUUUGGCGAUGCAAGCCAUCGGAGCCUCUGAAGUUUUAUCAAUUAAACACCGUUACUUACGGUACUGCCAGUGCUCCAUUUUUGGCAACCAGGUGUCUGAGGGAAGUUGGUCUACAGAGUAGGGAUGAAAAAAUUAAAGAGAUCAUCAUGCGUGAUUUUUAUGUGGAUGACCUACUUACCGGUGGGGACACUAUUGAGGAUGUCAUUUACAUUAGGGAGCAAGUUACUGCUGAACUGGCAUCGGCGUGUAUGCCACUGAGAAAGUGGAGGUCAAAUGAGCCACAUUUAGUGUCUGAACCCAAUCAGUCUCCCAUCGAUUUGAACAUAGGGUCAACUGAGCCGAGUAAAACGCUGGGCCUGUGUUGGCAGACCAGUGAUGAUGAACUUCGUUUUCCCAUCGGUACAUCAACUGGAGAGGGUAACACUAAACGUGAGUUGUUGUCGGUAAUCGCGCAAAUCUUUGACCCUUUAGGACUUCUUUCUCCGUAUAUAAUAAAAAUGAAAAUGUUGCUGCAAAGACUGUGGUUGCACCAGUUGUCGUGGGAUGAGCCUUUACCCAUAGAUGUUAGAAACUCUUGGCAAGAAAUAAUUAAGGACUUGCCUUGUUUAAACAACCUUCGUGUGCCACGAGUUGUUAUAUGCGAUUUACACCAAUGGAUGGAGAUUCAUGUUUUCACGGAUGCCUCUGUAAAGGCAUACGGAGCAUGUUUAUACAUUCGCAGCAUGAACAGCAAAGGUGAAGUUUUAGUUAGACUCUUAAUGGCUAAAAGCCGUGUCGCCCCUCUUAAACCUACCACCAUUCCCCGACUGGAGCUUUGUGGUGCUCUAGUAGGUACUCACCUUUACACAAAGGUAAUAAAUUCACUUCGGGUGACGGUAAGAUCAGUGACGUUCUGGACUGAUUCCACCAUAGUAUUAGGAUGGUUGAGAAUGAUGCCUAACAAAUUGCAGCCCUUUGUUCGCAAUCGAGUGGCUGAAAUUUUGGAAACCACUGGUGAUUUAUUAUGGAGGCAUGUUCCUACUGACUUGAAUCCCGCAGACUUCAUAUCUCGUGGUGUUAAUAUCAGCACUUUACAGUGUUUAGAUAUGUGGUGGAGCUGCCCAGGUUUCUUAAUGGACAUCCCUUCUAAGUGGCCAGGUGAUAUCAAGCCUGUUGAGAAGCUGCCCGAGCUUUGCCGUGAGAUGUCAUUGCAUUUAUCUCUAGUAGGAGACAAUAAAAAUGGUUUAAUUGAUUUCAGUAGGUUUUCUAAAUUCUUAAAAUUAAUUCGCACAGCAGCGUAUGUCUUGCGUUUUAUUAAGGCAUGCAAAAAAAAUGAACUUAAAUCUAACUUCCUUAGUCAGGAAGAGAUACAGCAAGGGUUAGAUUUAACUAUUAAAUUAUCUCAAGUGGAAUCAUUUCCGGAAUGUGAGUUGCUGUUGCAACAAAAGCCUUUACCGAAAAGGAGCCCACUGUGUAAUUUUAACGUUUUUCUGGAUGAUCACAAAAUCAUUAGAGUUGGUGGCCGAUUAAGUAACUCAAGUUUUCCGUUCCAUAAGAAGUACCCUAUAUUGAUACAGUCCGCUCACAGUUUUUCAAAAUUAUUAUUUGAAUUCGAACACUUGCGUUUAAUGCAUGCUGGACCUCAAUUAUUGUUAAAUUCAAUUCAUGAAAAUUAUUGGCCAAUCGGGGGCCGACGAUUAGCAAAGUCUUGCUAUCGUCGAUGUGUGCGUUGCGCUCGUAUGAGAGGCCGCACACUUUCACCGUUAAUGGGUGAUUUGCCUACCAAUCGUCUCACUCCGGGCUAUCCUUUUGAAAAUGUAGGCGUGGACUACGCUGGUCCGAUCGCCUCCGCGAGUCGUCAAGGUCGCGGUUGUCGAAUAGUAAAGGUUUAUAUUGCUAUCUUUGUAUGUUUUAGCACUAAAGCUAUCCACUUAGAGCUUGUGGGCGAUCUAACGAGCAACAAUUACCUGCUAGCGUUACGGAGGUUCAUGUCGCGUAGAGGGAAACCGGUUAGCAUUUAUAGCGAUAAUGGCACCUCGUUUGUUGGCGCGUCUAAUGACCUAUCACAAUUCUUACUGGAUAGUGGCAACUCACUUUCAGAGAAUGUAGCGAAUGAAGGCAUUAAUUUCCGGUUUAUACCUGCAUAUUCCCCUCACUUUGGCGGUCUCUGGGAGGCAGGAGUUAAAUCCACCAAGUUCCAUCUUCAGCGAGUGUUGGGACAUUGUCAUCUCACUUAUGAGGAAUUGAAUACUACACUUGUCCAAAUUGAGGCCAUUCUUAAUUCGCGACCGCUCACGCCUAUGUCAUCCGACCCUGAGGACCUGAUGCCGUUGACUCCUGGACAUUUUAUAAUUGGAAGGCCAUUAACUUCGUUGCCCGCACGAGAUUUGACAAGUUACUCUUCAAAUCAUCUAAAUCGAUAUCAACGUAUCGAACAACUGCGACAACAUUUUUGGAGCAGAUGGUAUAAAGAGUAUGUGUCUCAACUCCAACACCGCAUCAAGUGGAAAACCAGAGGUGACACACUGAAACUUAACUCUCUCGUCGUUUUGAAGGACGAUAACUUGCCACCCUUAAAAUGGAAGUUAGGAAGAAUCGUUGCAGUUUACCCUGGUGCUGAUGGCAUAAGCAGAGUUGCUGAUGUACGUACGGCUGGAGGAGUACUAAGGAGAUCUUUUACAAGAAUUUGCCCUCUUCCAGAAGCGGAUGAAGUUGUUGGAAGUGCAGCUUCCAACGUCCGGGGGCAUGUUUAGAAUCAUAUUCGAAAACGCCUUUUCAAUUUGUAAUAGCAAUUUAUUUGCAAUGUUUUUAGUUAAUUGUUUUUGACAGGCGUUUUGUUCGGUUCUGGCAUUACACGUCAUUACGUUGAA